AUGGCAGGGAGAGAAGCAGUAAAUGUUUUGACCGUUGAGCAUAUUGCGACGUGGAAAGCACAUGGGGAUGAUACUGCGCAUGGAAACGAUGAUCAGUCUGAUGAUGACGAUACUCAGGGGGAGGAUGAUCCGAGAGAGAUUCAUAUCAUUGACGGCAGAUAUUAUAUUUGGCCCGCAGGAAGUUCUUUUGGGCCGAGUCGGACUGCUGUCAGGUGUGUGUACUAUGUGAUUCAACAAAUGUAUAAAGAAGCUUGGACGACUUUUGGAGACGGAAAGUGUACUUGGGAUCAAAUGAGCGAGAAACAUGUUAAAAAAAAUUAUUAUAGCAGAACAUCAAAAAGACUUUCCGACAAGUUGCGACGUGUUAGAAAGCGUUGGGAACGUGAUGGUAGUCGUCCCAAGUGGAUGGGCCAAGAAGUUUUUGAUAAAGUUCUUGUGUAUUGGAAAUCAGAAGAAUUUAAGGUUAAAUCUGAAAAUGCCAAAAAAAUGAGGGCAUCUGAAAAAGGGGGUCACCUUAAUGCAGAUGGAAGUAUAAGCACUUACGAACAUUCUCGACGCAUGGCUAAGAGGUUAGAGAGACAACCACUGAUGGUCGAGCUGGUUAAAGAAACUCGGACAAAAAAAUCGGGUGAUUAUGUUGAUGAGCUCGUUGGCGGAAAAGAGCCUAAUGGAUGUUUUUUUGGUGGUGGAAAUUUGGCGGGAAACUUGAGAAGUGGAGAUAGAACUUUAUUUGAAAGAGUUAGAGAUGGGGAAGGAUCGUCACGUCCAGCACAAUUGUCACCGCAAGUAAUGGAAACAAUAAGACAAUUGGCCCUAACUGAGGCGAGACGUGAGUCAGAGCAACGUGAGGCGGCGCUAAAAGCCCAAAUGGAUGAGAAAGCGCAACGUCAGGCGGCGUUAAAAGCGCAAAUGGAGGGGCAACAACAACAAAUAGAGGCAAUGGCGAAGAGGCAAGCAGAGAUGGAGCAGCAAAUGCGGUUAUUUAUACAAUUUCAACAAAGAAGUAGUAGUCAACCGUUUGGUGGAAACGUAGGAGUGGUUGGAAAUGAGCGAGAGAAUGAUGAUAAAGAUAUGAACCUUGAGAAUUUUCCCGAUCCAGAUGACCCUUAG